UCCCUAACAUAGAUUAAUACUUAGAAAAUUUAGAAUAUUCCAUUAAAAUAGCUAAAAUAAAGGUUUAAACUUCAGAUUAAAAAACUCUUCCUGUUCUAGAUUGUUCUCUUCCCUCAUGGAUUACCAAGUCCUCUAAGAAUGUGCUGUUCUUCUAGGAACUGGUGACAGUCAAGGAUGAGGAAAUGGACUUCACCCAUGUGGAGGAGGAACAGCUGAAUUCUGCCCAAAGAUUCGUGGGCAUGGAUAUGAAGGUGGAGAAUUGUGGGAGCCUGGUAUUUUGGGAUUCUGACGCCAUACCUGAAACUAAAGUGUCCCUUUCAAAGCAGGACGCUUAUGAAGAAAUAUCCCCUGGACAGGAGCUGAUAAUUCAAAGACUUGAAAAGGAUGAUGCCUGGGAAUGUGGAGGCACAUUAGAAAGGCAGCAAAGAAUUCCGAAGAAAGAUAUAAGGCAAGUCAUAAUUAAACACAGGAGAAACCCCGUGGAGGAUUGUAACGGAAUCGGGGUAGGUUCAAACUCAGUUAAACAUCAGAAAGUUUACUCAGUGAAAAAGCCUUGGAAGUGCACUGAGUGUGGGAAGUCCUUCACUUACUGCUCAGCCUUUGUCCUGCAUCAGAGGAUUCAUACGGGAGAGAAGCCCUAUGUGUGUAUGGACUGCGGAAAGGCCUUCAGCCGGAGCUCAUCGCUUAUGCAGCAUCGGAGGAUUCACACCGGAGAGAAGCCCUACGGGUGUAACGAAUGUGCGAAAGCUUUCAGUCGCCGGUCAGCCCUCAUCCAACAUCACAUCAUUCAUACUGGAGAAAAGCCCUAUGAGUGCAAUGAGUGUGGGAAGGCCUUCCACCAAAGCACGUACCUUAUCCAGCAUCACAGAACACACACUGGAGAGAAACCCUAUAAAUGCAAGCAGUGUGGGAAACCUUUCAAUGACACCUCCUCCCUUAUUAAACAUCAGAGGGUUCAUACAGGAGAAAAACCCUACGGAUGUAACGAGUGUGGGAAAGCCUUUAGCGACCCGUCAGGCCUCACUCAGCAUCAGAGGACUCACACGGGGGAAAAGCCGUACGAAUGUAGCGAAUGUGGGAAAGCGUUCAGUUACUGUUCAGCUCUUAUUCAACACCAGGGAACCCACACUGGGGAGAAGCCUUACAAGUGUAAUGAAUGUGGGAAAGCCUUCAGUGACCGCUCAGCUCUUGUAAGACAUCAGAGGAUUCACACUGGGGAGAAGCCUUACAAAUGUAAAGAAUGUGAGAAAGCCUUCAGCCAGAGCUCAUCCCUGACCAAGCACCUGAAAACACACACUGGAGAGAAGCCAUAUAAAUGCAGUGACUGCGACAAGGCCUUCAGCCAGAGCUCAUCUCUUAUUCAACACCAGAAAAUUCAUACAGGAGAAAAACCCUAUAAAUGUAAGAGGCAUGAGAAAACCUUCCGUGGGCGUUCAGCCUUUCAUCAGCAUAAAGGAAUUCAUGCUGAAUAGGAUGCAGCAAAC